CAACAAGCAAGAAGAUAGCUGAGAGAUGUUGAGGGGAGCUGGUGUGCUGGUGGCCGUUGUGGCCGUGCUUGCGUUGGCUGCAGGCGUGCAGGAGGUGCGUGGGUACGCAGUUGAGGUGGACGCACAUGCUGAGGAGUGCUUCUUUGACCAAAUCAAAACGGGGACCAAGGUCGGCGUCAACUUCCAGGUCGCCGAGGGCGGUUUCCUCGACAUUGACGUCAAGAUUACUGGGCCCGAUGGCAAAAUCAUCUACUCUGGGGAACGUGAGACGGAUGGCAAGUACACGUUCUCCGCGCACAUGGAUGGCCGAUACACGUACUGCUUCAGCAACGCCAUGUCCACGGUGACGCCAAAGCUCGUUGUGUUUAGCGUGAACAUUGCUGGCCAAGAAGGCUUUGUUCCCGAUGACCUCGCUGGCAAGCACGACAAGUUGCACGACAUGGUGGAGGAGCUUGCAGAGGCCGUCAUGGCUGUCAAGCGGGAGCAAGACUACAUGAUUGUUCGGGAACGCACCCACCGCAUGAUCAACGACAGCACCAACUCGCGGGUGGUGUGGUGGUCGUUCUUUGAGGCCGUUGUGCUGAUCCUCAUGACCAUCGGGCAGGUCUACUACAUCAACCGGUUCUUCGAAGUCAAGCAGAUGGUCUAACUCAAGCACAGACAAAAGCAGCCCCCACAGACGCAACGGCACUACCCAUGCACCCACACACCCACACAUGCACACAUGCACGCACUGCGUGUUCACUGUUCUCUUCCUUCCCACCUGCGUUGCGUUGAUGUGUGCUGCAAUAAAAACAAUCACAAGCCAA